UAUCUUAGUUAGCAUCAUUGUUUAUUAUAAAAAUUGCCAUUGAACUUUUUAAUACAUUUUUAGAGGUUAUACAAUGAACAAUUAGUUCAAUAUUCGACUAAUUUCCUGUAAUUUUUAAAUAUCAAAAUAAGAGUUAUAGUUGCAAGAUGCAGAGCCUUACGUCCUGUGUACAAAGGUUGGCCCUUUGUGGGAAAUUAACAAUGAAUAAUCAGUUGUUAAUAUCAAAUGUUGGGAGAGUCCUUGGUGCACCACAAUCGUCGCACAUACAUACCUCAUUACCUAUUCAAGGUUCUUGGCUCGAUUAUACAAAAGGUCCACAGAAAUGGUUAAAACAUAACAGGACAAUAUUUCCCCCACAAUCGCCUGACGAGGAACGGAGGCCUGCAUACGUUUGUCACAUGAAGACAAACAUAAGAUACAGUCCUAAAAAAAUGUGGUAUAUUGCAUGUUUUGUACGUGGCAUGUCCGUCGAUGAAGCUGUAAAGCAAUUAAAUUUUGUAUUAAAGAAAGGGGGAGCAAUUGUAAAGGAAACAAUUUUAGAAGCUCAACAACUUGCAGUAGAGAAACAUAAUGUAGAAUUCAAAAGUAAUUUGUGGGUUGCUGAAUCAUUUUAUGGCAAAGGUGUAGUUUAUAAAGGUUUUCGGAGGCAUGCAAAAAUGCGUGCUGGUGAAAUUCGUUAUAUACACAGUCAUUAUUUUGUUCGUCUUGAAGAAGGCAAGCCACCAGCAAAUUACUAUCUGAAUGUUCCAAAGAGUAAAGACGAAAUGUUGCAGAAAUGGCUCGAGGAUAUGCGCAAACGUAAAAUCAUAAAUUCAUUGUAAUGUGUCAUAAGAAAUAUUUACACGCAUAAGGGUUAGAUUUUAAUACUGUAUGUAAUAACAAAUAAUAAAAUUAGUAAUACAAUCA